AUGUCUGGUGAAGUUCUCUACUCCAGUGUCAAGAUCACUCGGAAACCAGGCGACCAAGCAGCUGCUAAACUGUGUGCAGGAAGGGAAGAUGAUGUCACCUAUGCUACAGUGAAGUUUGCAGAAGCUCCAAGCUCCCAGCAGCAGCAGCAGACAGACCCCAGCCGCACAGCAGACCCCACCCUGCCUGUGAGUGCUGCUGGCAAAGCCUCUUCAUACAGACAGCCUGCACUGGUCCUCCUCAUCCUGUGCUGUUUCUUACUGGCUGCCAUAAUCUCCCUCACUGUCUAUCAUUCCAGAACUAAAGAAGACCCUGAGAAAUACACCAGCCUGACCACAAAUGAUUCAUCAUUACUAAAUCAGCUGCAGCACAAUAACAGGCUCAAUGAAACUCAUUCUGAGCUGCAGAGUAACUAUAGCAGGCUCAGUGAAACUCAUUCUGAGCUGCAGAGUAACUAUAGCAAGCUCUCUGGAUCUCAUUCUGAGCUGCAGAGUAACUAUAGUAGGCUCAAUGAAACUCAUUCUGAGCUGCAGAAUAACUAUAGCAAGCUUUUACAAAAUCAGAGCCAGCUACUAGAUGAGAAAAACAGACUCCAAAAAGACAAUUCUGAAUUGAAAAAGAACAAUACUGAGCUUUCUGUGAAAUCACUCUUGGAUAAAUACUGUCCUCUCAAAGAAGGCUCUUCAAAGGAGCGGGUUUGUUGUCCAGAGAAGUGGCUGCAGUUCAAUGGAAAGUGCUACUACUUCUCACCUGAUGAAAUGAACUGGAACUCCAGCCGGGCUAGCUGUGUGUCGAUGGGAGCAGACCUGGUGAUUAUAGAAAGCGAGGCAGAGCAGGUACAGUUUGACCAUCAUCUUUACAAAGCUCUGUUUCUAAAGCUCAUGAAACACCAGGCAGCUUUCAGGAAACUGCUUUUCUGGCAGCUGUUGAAGCCUCUAGUUGACUGUGACAUUUUUCAAACAAUUUCAAACCAAGCUGCUUAA